AACCAAACUCAAGAUUAAAGAGGAUCGAACGGUCCACAGCAUCCUACAAAGACCAUAAGAAAAACCCUAAUCCUCCUUUACCAUUUUCUCUUCUCUUCAAAGCUCCGCCUCCUCGGAAGUCCUCACACAUCACACACUUCACCAGAACCAAAUAUGCCUUUCAAGAGGUACGUCGAGAUCGGAAGGGUGGCUCUCGUCAACUACGGCGAGGACUAUGGGAAGCUCGUCGUCAUCGUCGACGUCCUUGACCAGAACAGGGCUCUUGUCGAUGCUCCUAAUAUGGUGAGGUCGCAAAUGAACUUCAAGAGACUUUCACUCACUGACAUCAAGAUUGAUAUCAAGAGGGUGCCCAAGAAGAAGGAAUUGCUUGCCGCAAUGGAAGCUGCUGAUGUGAAGAAGAAGUGGGAGAACAGCUCAUGGGGUAGAAAACUGAUUGUUCAGAAGAGAAGAGCAUCUCUUAACGACUUUGACCGAUUCAAGCUCAUGUUGGCUAAGAUUAAGAGGGCCGGACUGGUCAGGAGCGAGCUUGCAAAAUUGAAAAAGGCUACAGCUUAAGCAAUUUCGUUCGUGAAGUUUACAAUUUUGUUAUGGAAUCUUUUCAAUGUACUGUGAUUGUAAUCCCUUUCUUUAUCUUCGAUCGAAUUUAGUUUUCAAGAGCAGUUUCCAAUAUUAUUGACGGAUGGAGAACCUUUUAUUGGAUGAAUUUUCUGUCAUACUGCA